ACUGCCGCCAGACAAAUGAUCAGAUCGGCCCUUUUAUGAGGCGAGAUAGUGGUCUGGCAAGACUUGGCUGAUCUACUACUUUCAGGUAGUGGAAUGAUCCGGAAACACAGCAACGUCUUGCGGUCGUGAUGCAUACAAAGAAGCUCACCGGUGGUCUACACGUGAACAGCUUGCUAAUGCGGCAUCUUCCUCUAUUUUGGGUUAUAUAUGCCGUUUGCCCGACUUACUUUCUCCGAAAAUGCAUGAUGUCGCCCUCAGGCCCCACCCUUGCUCAGAUCGAAGUCGUAGACAUUGUCAUCACAAUCAUGGCAAUCAUUAUCACUUCUUUCCGCUUGUAUGUUCGUGUGCGACAGGGACGUCUGUGGAUUGAUGAUGUAUGGGCAACCCUCGGUAUGACAUUCAACUUCAUCCUGUUAGUCGUCUCUUGUUUGUAUCUGCAAGACUUCGGUGAGUGUUUCCUGUGUAUGUUGUAUGCGUCUUACUGAAGAACGCAGAAAAAUACCCUCAAAAUACGAGGGUAGCAUUAUACUACAUGUGUGUUCUCCUGUCUUAUAGCUUCUUAUAAAUGGGAGAACUCACAACCAUCAUCUC